CGGUGAGGACAGUGAGGCGAUGGGGAAUGAUGUGACGGUGCCCAGCAGCCGGCAGCCCAUCCCGCCGGCAAGAGGCAACGAGUCGAUAGAUUUCAUCCAUCGCGAGGAGCGAGAUGCCAUCCACGAACACAGGGAGGUCGGCAUCCUCAGAUGCACAGCGACAUUCCUCAGGCAGAUAGACUUCUCGGCCGCCGUCCUCCGCACUCGGCUGGGGCGCUCCCUCGCGGCGAAACAGCUCGGCGGCAUUAUCGCAUUUGACACCCAGCUGGAGAGUCCUCUGCUGCUGAAGGCCAUCUGGCUGGUGGAUACGCAGCAGUGGACCGAGGUGGUCAACGCGCUGAAGUUGGCGGCGCAGCUCGGCCGCUGCACUCUACCGCUCACCAUGAGUGCACAGCAGCUCCAGAGGCACACCACCAAACAGGUGGGCGGGACGGACGGCAGAGGCCAGGAGGGAUGGCUCGAUAGCUGUGUUGUGUGUCUGUUGUUGUAGGCGUAUUUGGCUGAGCCGCGUGUUUUGGCGCUGUGGAAGAUGAUCGGUCGGCACGUCGACCUCGGCGGCAACUACGGCCGUUUUGAGCUGUUCGACCAGCCGGGCGGCGGUGUGCGCGCCCUGCGCGACGAGCCGGGCUUCGAGCUGACCAUAACCCCCCCCCUCCCCCCCGCCCACCCAUAG